GCGACGCGAGGGGCGGAGUUUGCGGAGUAAGAUGGCGGCCAUUCGUGGGUUGUCUCUAACAGCCGUGGUGCUGAGGGUGGUCACUCCCUGGGCCAGGAGCAGCAGGCUCCUCACGGCCUCUCGAGGACCCCAGGCUCGUCGGGAAGCGUCGUCCUCCAGCCUCAAGGCCGGAGAAGGGCAGAUCCACCUCACCGAUAGCUGCGUCCAGAGGCUUCUAGAAAUCACUGAAGGCUCAGAAUUCCUCAGGUUGGAGGUGGAGGGAGGCGGAUGCUCCGGAUUCCAAUACAAAUUUUCACUGGAUACAGUUAUCAAUCCUGACGACAGGGUAUUUGAACAGGGUGGGGCAAGAGUGGUGGUUGACUCUGAUAGCUUGGCCUUCGUGAAAGGGGCCCAGGUGGACUUCAGCCAAGAACUGAUCCGCAGCUCAUUUCAAGUAUUGAACAAUCCUCAAGCGCAGCAAGGCUGCUCCUGUGGCUCAUCCUUCUCUGUCAAACUUUGAUGUGACGGCAGGUAACCCAGAGAUUGCUACCACUGGUGCCAAUUUGAGGAGCCUGCCAGUAGUAGAAUUCUAGAUGUUUCAUUCCAAUCAUGUCCUUCUCUUCAAUUUUUUUCCCCGCAGUCUAGGAGUGUCGUGUUUUGCCACUGUAAUUUUCAGCACGUGUAGCUUUUACUCUUGACUUAAUUUCACUCACACAGUUUUAAGGCCAGGUGUCUAGAUGCUGUGAUCUAAGAUCUGCUACCUUGUCGAAACCUACCCUGUAUAAUCUGUAGAACCUUCAGGGUUCCAGAGUUUGGAGUUACUUCUCUGGCCCUCAGAGCUGCUUGUACAUAUGUGUAUAGCUAUGUAUAAAAGCUUCAUUUUGAAGAAAGUCUUUAUUGUGUCCUGGAUCAGGGUCACAGAUUGGAGAGCUUGAACACUGGUUAUUAGGCUAGAGAGGAGGAGAAAGUCAGUGUUCUCUUUUUCAUGUCACCCUUCCUGAAUGUGCUAGUUGACAUCCUUUUCUUUUAUUUUUUCCUUCCUUCCUCCCUUCCUCAUCCUUAUUUCCUAUGCAGCCCAUUCUCCAUUUCCCAUUUGUUAGGGUAGAUACGUUUUCCUUUCUUACUCCUCAGUCUGCUAAAUUCACAAAACCAGUAGCUCAUCACCCAGAAAACUUGAAUCUAACCCCUACUGAUAACCUGAAUCAUUUGAAAAAUAGGCCCCCUACUCCAUACGCAUACAGAUAUUUCGAGAUUUUGUGAUCGUUCACUGUCUGAUAGGUAGCUUCGCUUACCUCGUGGUGUAAAAUGUCUUUGGUCUCAUAUAGCAGGAAGUGGUCCCUGUGUUGGCAUGGAUAAUGGAUAGUUAGGGAUUUUCUUUUAGGUUGGAUUACCAGAUAAAAUGUAGGAUGCCCAGCUAAAUUUGAAUUUCAACUAAACACAUAGUUUAUACUAUGGGUGUCCCAAAUAUUCCCAGUUUUUUGUAUAAGUGUGUCCCAAAUAAGUAUGAGACAUAUUUAUACGAAAAAUUAUGUGUUGUUUAGUUGAAAUUCAAGUUUAACUGGUCAGUGUGUACUUUUUUAAAAGCUUAUUUCUUUUGAGAGA